AUGGGCCACUCGAUCACCGACGAAGCUGGCAGAAGAUCGGAAUACUCGUUGAAAUCGAGGGGGGUCAUCGAGAACCCCAAUUCCGACGGCCGCAACGUCGAAUGGCCGCCUCGCAAGAGCUUGCCGGCGGAGAUCGCUCAGACGGCGAAGGAAAUCUUUUUUCCCGACGAUCCCUUGCGACCCUGCAAAGGCCAGCCGAGGUCGAAGCAACUCUUGCUUUUCCUCCGGUACUUGUUUCCCAUUUUCGAGUGGUCGAGAGGCUACAACUUAACCAAGUUCAAGGGAGAUGCGAUCGCCGGAUUGACCAUUGCGAGCCUCUGCAUACCUCAGGACAUUGCUUAUGCUAAACUUGCAAACUUGGAGCCACAAUAUGCAUUGUGUAAGUACACAGCGUUGCUUACUACUACGAUCGAUGGAACCUCGUAA